AUGCAGCCUUCCAUCUUCGUCUUUGCUUUCGCAGCUGUUGCAGCAGCCACCGCUUCUGACGCCUCAGCUGCUACCAGCGCCGUCGCCCCGGCCACCACCGGCACCUUCAGCAACGGAACCGCAACCAACGGCAGCUUCGUUUCCCCAACAGCCACUGGCGCUUCUUCGACAAGUAAAGCUGCUGCUCCUGCCAACUUCGUUCCAGCAGGUGCUCUUGCCGCUGCCGCUGCAGGCAUGGUUUACCUCUUGUAA